UCAUUGUGUUUCAAUCAAUCAUUUUCAAAGUCCUAGACCACAGGAACCCGGCCGCCGUGGCCGAACUCGGUGUGAUCUUCUGGGCUUGUGCCUCACCCUCACCCUCACUGUGAACAAAUACUCAUGGACUCAGCAGUAGCUACAGUACCACUAACAGUGCCAGAUGUUAUAAAGUUAUAUAUGUUAUAAAGUACAUAAUAACACUGAGCCAGAAAUACACCACGGACACCAUAUCUCUACCUCUGCGACUACAAAGACUGAAUACUAGACUAGUGUGGACGUGCGCUCACUCUAUGCUUUAACUCCGUGCCACUAACCCAGCUUCCACAUCUGAACACUGGCUUGUACUUCAUUCUGCUAGCGUAUUCAAGCUACGACCAACAUGUUUAAGAGGGGAGAAGAAGAAAGGUGGGUGUAUAACAACCGUUUUCAGUCUAUAGUCUAUCAAAUACUACAUCAUCUGGUCACUUUGUGACUUUAUUGAAGGUUUCACGAUUCCCCAUAAGAAGGUGAUUCUCACCGGAAAUCCGGUGUUCAUAGACCCACAUAUGUCCUUCAGUAGAGCUGGCCUGCUGGUCUUUCUGCUUCAGUGUCUUUACUGCAGUGUGUGUGCUGCAAGAGGGAAAGGAAGGAAGGAAUGUGGGGAAUUCUGCUUUAGCUCCAGUUCACAUGGCUAAUCUUUAUCGCCUCUGGACUUGAUUUCAGAUUAUUCUUUCCAAUGACCUACAUUCAGAAAAAUCGUCCACAGGUCAGUCUGGGAAAAUCAGAGCAGCCUGAAAUGAGAUCAGAUGAGAUCAGACCGCCCUUUUGUUGUUGAGUUGUAGGAGUCUACAACAUGCGUAUCAAACUUUUAUCUCAAAUCAAAAAGUGCAAUUUCAAAUGAAAAACAUGAAUUGGAUGUUAGUAUAACUUUGUUACUCUGUGUGUGUGUGUGUGUGUGUGUGUGUGUGUGUGUGUUAACCCUUAACGUGAUUAGUCCUGCUUUGUGAGUCUCGAGGAGGAGGAGGAGGAGGAGGGGCAGCAUUGUUAGGGAGGGAAAACCACGUCACCCUGUCAGAAAGUGUAAUCUGCACCGGAGAGACAGUUUGGACUCCAGCUUCUGUCUCAUCUCGCCGUGUCUUCUAGGAGGUUUUUACACAAAGAUGCAGACGGGAUUUCGGGUAAACCUGAGCCCUGUUAAAGAGCCACUGGGCUUCAUCAAGUUGGUGGAGUGGUUUGCGGCUCUGUUUGCCUUUGGAUGCUGCGGCGGUUACACUGGCCGGAACGUGAUUUCCCUGAUUUGUGGCGAUGGAAAAAACGAGACCCUUAAUGCCACUUUCACAUACCCAUUCAGGUUAAACCGAGUGCUGCUGGUUGAAGACAAUGUCACUCUGUGUAACCGCAGCGCGUCUGAAACACAUCUGAUGGGGGACUCUUCGUCCUCGGUGGAGUUUUUCGUGGCCGUGGCCGUCCUGGCAUUCCUCUACUGCAUGGUAGCUCUGUUGGUUUACGUGGGCUACAUGCACGUAUACCACGACUCUAACUUUGGCCCGGUGUUUGAUUUUUUGGUGACAACAGCAUUUGCUUUCCUGUGGCUGGUGUCCGCAUCGGCCUGGGCUCAAGGGCUGCAGAAGGUCAAGCAUGCCACAGGCACAGAGGGCAUCAGCACCAGUCUGACGUUAUGCAGAAAGCCUGUCACGUGUGAGGUCACAGAAUUUUCCAGCAUGCGCACGCUGGAUAUAUCAGUGGUGUUUGGCUUCCUGAACCUGAUCAUCUGGAGUGGUAAUGCCUGGUUUGUUUACAAGGAGACCUGUUGGCAUUCACAGACGCGCAACUCUCAACAGGAGGCAGAGCGUGGACGGGGCCCUGGCCCUAUCUAGAGGCAUCUCCCAGGCAAGCACAUGACCAUAUCGACCCACAAGCUCCAAGGACUCUUUUGUUGCAAAAGUGAAUUAGGAUUCUGCCUCAUUUGUGUAAGCAUUUUCUGUUUUCUUUUUUUCUCCUCAUACUCAAAUGCAUUCAAAUAUAUAGUCAGCAUGAACAGUCCACUCUAUACCUGUGCCAGUUUAUCUAUUAUUGCAUACAUAUAACCUCAGCAUAGAGUCCCUUACCUUGUUAAAUGCAAUUUGUAAAACAAAUUUUUCUGUGAUCAAAUUUUCAUUGGCACUUUUUAUUAUUAUUAUUAUUAUUAUUAUUAUUUUUUUUUUUUACAGCUUUCAUUCAUGUGUGAAUGUGAUUUCUUCUAGUAUAAUAUGUUCCUGGAACAACAUUCAUUUUUACCAAACACUAAUCUACCAUCUAGCACGCCUGAUACAUUAUUAUUUUUUUUUACUUAGCUGUGCAUUUCAGCUUUUCCAAAUGUAGUAAAUAUACUGGGAGAUUGGUCGUAAUUGGCUGUAGUCCACUGUUUAAGCCCGUUUAAGCCUGUUUAAGGUCAUUUCGAGUAGCUGAGGAGUGGGAGCACCACUGACGAUAUCACAUCCAGGAAAACGUCUUACUUGGAAAAUCUUGUACACCUUGAGCAUUGUUUUUGAGUAUUGUUUCUUUUUUUUUCCUGACUACUUAUAUAUCUGUGAAUGUUUAUAACUUUUAAUACAUUUUUUUUUGUGGCAAUAUCUUUUAUAUUUAAUGAAUAAAGUGAGAUUGAAUCUGACUAACUGAGAAAGCUCAUUCCUACAACGAAGAAAUGUGAGCAAAUGUGGGUAUAAAACACCUUUUGUUUGUGCUUUUACCCUGUGACUUCACUGAUUGCCAUUCACCCUGGGAACAAACAAAACAUUUUUGUUGAAGAGAAUGCCCCGAUAUUCCAGUAAGACAGCUUAAGCUUUAUUUCAAACGCUGGCUUUUUUUACAGCAGCAGAUUGAUGGAUUCAUUAAUCUGAUCAUCUCAAAUAUGUCUUUAUAUAAAAAACAUAUUGGCUAUACAUUUUUUUAAUCCUCUUUUUUUUUUAAAUAUAUGAAAUGUAUAUUAAUUGUCAGUUACCAGGUUAUCUAAAUCACCUAAGCACUCAUCAGUUAUAAUUAUAUGAUACACUUGAUGACCAAAAGUAUGUGGACACCUGACCAUGACACUCAUAUGUGGGGUUGGCUCCCUCAGCUCACUCUUCCGGGAAGGCUUUCCACUACAUUUUGGAGCGUGGCUGUUGGGGAUUUGUGUUCAUUCAGCUACAAGAGCAUUAGUGAUGUUGGUAUGUCGAGGAGGCUUCAGUUCCAGUUCAUCCAAAGGUGUUCAGUGGGGCUGAGGUCAGGGCUCUGUGUAGGACACUCGAGUUCCUCCACCUACUUCCAAACCCUAACACACCACGUCUUCAUGGAGCUCGCUUUGUGCACAGGGUCAUUGUCAUGCUGGAACAGGUUUGAGCCUCUUAGUUCUAGUGAAAGGAAAGUGUAAUGCUACAGCGUACAAACACAUUCUAUACAAUUG